AUGAAAACGAUACGAAGUUUCGAAACGGUUCAGGAAAUGCGGUGGAUUGACGUGCAUUGGCAUUGCGUUGCAUUCAACCGAGACGUGGAUUUGGAAGGAAAGGAAGAUGAACUGAGAAGUCGCAUUCUGAGCGAGCGGUUGGUCGCCAGAGCGUGUGGACAAUUGAUGAAGAAGCAACGGAGUGAGCGGUCGACUACUCGUGCUAGAAGAUAUUGGAAUCUAUGA